CCAUGAACAAGUAUCUGGUACGAGGCCUCGGCUUCUUCAACGAUGCCUACGACCUCUUCGUCAUGAACAUCGUCAACGUUGUGCUCACGGAGCAAUACGGAAAGCACGUCUACACGUCGUACGUCAAGUCGUGGGUGUCUGCCGCUGCUAUCAUCGGAGCUGUGAUCGGUCAGCUCCUGUUCGGCUUCCUGGGAGACGUUUUCGGUCGCAAGGUCAACAUGAUCGCCACUUGUGUGCUCUUAAUUGUGGGUAGCAUUCUGUGUACGGUGGCCUACGGAGGUAGCGGCAGCUCGACGCUGUGGUUCCUCGUUGUGGCCCGCAUCAUUCUCGGUAUCGGUAUCGGCGGCGAGUAUCCGCUUGCUGCUUCAUCGUCGGCUGAAGACUCCACGAACUCUGCCGAGCGCAACACGCGUGUUGCUACUACUUUCUCGCUACAGGGAGUGGGUCAGGUGGUGGCCGCCAUUCUGGGUAACCUGCUUGUCGAGGCUUUAGCCGAUGGCAAACCCGGUGAGAACAGUGAUUCGCGGCUUGAGACCGUGUGGCGUCUGCUCUUCGCUAUCGGUUGCAUCCCCGCUGCUGUGAUCUGCUACUACCGUAUCACUGCGGAGGAGACGGAGGCGUUUAGAGCCAUGCAGGAGCGUUCGGCUGCUGUCACUCAAGUGGGUGCUGCAAAGAAGGCUCGGCUUUCGUUCAUCAUUCGUCACUACUGGGUGAGCCUUCUCGGUACGGCCGGCACGUGGUUCCUCUUCGACAUCAUCUACUACGCUCAGAACCUCUUCUCGGCCAGUAUUUUGUCCGUCAUCGGUGUCAAGAACUCGUCGUUGCAGCAGGUCACUACUAUGAACGCGUUUGUGGCGCUUCUGGCUUUGCCGGGUUACUAUGUCGCCAUCUACUUUAUCAACAGUCUGGGGCGUAAGAAGAUGGCGCUGCAGGGUUUCUUCUUCAUGGGCGUACUCUGUCUCAUCAUGGCCAUCUUCUGGGACGAC